UUUCCCUCCCUCAGGUUGUCGCCCUCUCCCUGAACGCUGACGACCAACUGCUGCCCUUUAUCGCUCUCUGUCUCCCUGUCUCUGCAUCUCCCUACCUCAUAGGGUACUCAGCCAACUAAUCGGCCUGCCAGUACUGGCAUCGCCCAGAAAGGCCCAGAAGGACCGUGUUACAAAGCCGACACACACCAUCUGACUCGUCAUCCACCCACCUGUCUCUCUCCCCUUGCGCAGCAACCAACCCUACCAUGUCUGCCACUCUCAUGCACAACAACCAGACAGCAUCAAACCCAUGGGAUCUACCUGCUUCCUUCGCUGGUCUCAACGAUAGUGACUUCUUGGCGAUGCUCGAGAAGCAGGUCAACACAGAUUCCCUAACUCAACAGUCGUACACCCUCACACCGCCCCUUAGCGAGGAGGAUUCCUCCCCAAGUCCCCCUCACAGCGAGCUUGAGCGCACGCAGACCGGGACUCCUGAAGAGAUGAACCACAAGCGGAAGCUCUCCCCUGACGAUGAGGAUGACCUCGAUGAUGAGGCUCCUGCUCAUAAGUCACAUCGCGACUCGAUGGAUGGUACCGAGAAUAAGAAGAACCGUCGGAAGUCUACUGGCGGUCAGAAGGACGAGACCCGUGUGAUGAAGCGCAAGGAGCAGAACAGGGCUGCUCAGCGUGCAUUCAGAGAGAGAAAGGAGAAGCAUGUUCGAGACCUUGAGGACCGGGUCGCUGUACUCGAAGCCGAGAAGGCUGAGACUGCGAACGAAAAUGAGAACCUGAAGGAUCUCCUUAACAGGUUACAAACCGAAAAUCAACUGCUGAAACAAGGACAGUUCACGUUUAGCAUGCCUGGGUCUAACAAGCGGUCUGCAUCGGACGGAUCGACGGACUCCUCUCCCGAUGCUUCUUCCUCCACUGGUCAGGAGCCCGUAUUCUCACAAUCAUCGCCUCCCAUCGAUAUGUCCCACAACAACCCAGUGUUUAGCACCGCUGGUGCUUCUGAACCGUCCCUAACCUCUGCUUCGGACAGUAAUCUGUCCAUGUUCGGCUCCUUCCCUGUCACUCCCACAUGGACAACGCUCGCCACCGCCCCUCAAUACACAUCAUAUCGUGACCCAAUCUACGAUCGUAUCUUCGGAGGCGCCGGCGACAUUAGCCCAUACGCCACACGUGGUGAUGAAGAAGGCGAGGGUGGAUUGGUCAAUCUCGAGGAACUCUUCGGAGAGGACUUCGGUGAUCUCAUGCCCAUCGUAGGCGACUUCUCCCCUGCUGCGGAAGCAGUGCUUGCACCAAUUGAUACGACAAUGAAGGAUGACCAUGCGGCUGCUGCGUCAUUACCCCUCGUUCAUGAUGGGCAUUCAGCGCACGAUGAACAUGGUGACGGAUGCCCAAGAACCAGGCAAGACAUCAUCAAUAUGAUGGCUACCAGCGAACCCAAGACUUUUGGGCCCCCUGUCGCUGUUCCGCCAGCGGAGCCUCCGAAAGAUCAGUCGCCAUGCACACAUGCCGCUGACUUGGGUUUGGUCGAGCCCCUCGGCAAGGCUGAUCCCAAUUUGCGCAACGUGCCAAUCAGCGAAGCUUGGAAGCAGGUCCGGAGUAACCCUCACUUCGAGGAUUGCGACAUUGACGAACUGUGCCUGCUUCUCAAGGAGCAAGCUCGUUGCGGUGGCGGGCAACCGGUUAUUGAAGAGCCUAAUUUCAACAACAUCCUGCAACACAUGGGGAAUCAGCGAAACGCUUGAUAGAUCUCCAGGUCCUUCGGGCCACGAUACCCGGUGUCGUCCGUUCUGCAGCCUGUUGAGGGCUGAUUUAUCAGCACAUAUUGCAUUGUUUUGUAACCGUUCUAUUUCUGCUUUCUCCUUCGUUGCCUUCUCAAGCCGCUCUGUACUCCCUAUAGCAUGUGAUGUCCUUGACAAACUGAAAUUUAUAUUGUGGGAAAGGGUUUCCCAA